GGGACAAGUAAGGCGGCGCCUCCAGGGCUCCGGGACCUGAUAUAGGAAAGCGCCUUCCUCUGACUGCUGCCGCCUGCCUGCGCAGCGCUGCCCUGCCCCGCGAGAUAUGCAUUCUUCUUAAAAUGACAUUAUCUUGAAAUUAAACACUAAGAAGUUCAUCAUUAUUCCGGACUGAAGAAGGCCCCUAAGUAAAAAUGCCCAUCAGCGUAACUUUGUGUUUUACUCGCAUAUUCCUAAUCAUGUGUUGUGUGAUACUUGGGCCAUCCCUAAGUCAUGAUUGUUCUCUAGAGAAGAUGGAAAAUGUCGUAAUCGAUAUGAAGCUCUCUCUCUCAAAAGGCAUCAAAGGAACUGAGCCAAUAUAUACACCAACUCAGGAAGCUUGUAUUAAUGUUUGCUGCUUAGAAAAAAACAUAUCGGGAGACAGGCCGUGUAACUUGAUGAUUUUUGAUGCUGGAAGGGUAAGCAAGCAUUCAAACUGCUACCUAUUUUACUGCCCUAGUAAGGAAGCUUGUCCAAUGAAACCGGCAAAAGGAUUUGUGAGCUACACGAUAAACAGAGGUGUACACAUUGUGGACUCGCAGCUUGCAGAUUACAACACAAAGGGAAACCCUCUUUCUUCACAAGCAGCUCACUUUGACCUUCCCAAUCAGGCAGGCCUGCGGAAUCAUACAGCUGCUUUGCAGCAAUCAGUUACGUCUCCGAUGUCUGAACGCAGGGAUUAUACAGAGGAACAUUUAGAUAAAAUUGAAUUACGCACACAGGUUCCCGAAGACCAAGAGAAAAAACACCCUGAGGCCUUAGAUACUUUCCUAAAACAUAAAAUAACCAGCCUAAUGCCUACAAGGACUGCUCAUACUUUUCAGCUUAGCACCUCCAGUCCACCGUUUACCACUCUGCCUACUACCACCAGUCCUGUAUUCAAAACCACAACCGCUAACACUCAGGUUCCUACCAGCACUGCCUUGACCACAACUGAUCACAUGAUCACACAUUCCAGAACCGCUACAGAAUCUGCAAGGCUGAGAACAUCUACCACCGCUAUCAAGCCAAUCGCCGCCUCUGCAGAUAGCACUAGCAGCAUCAGACUCUUUUCUUUGUCAGUUGUUGCUUUGCUCAGUAAGAAUUCCUCAGCUCCCUUUCAAACUAUGCAGCAGGAUAACAGGCAACGGGAUGCAGAAGGCUAUCUAUUAGAUGAUGUGCCAAAAACCAAGCCUGUCCCUCAGUCUGGUGACAAAAGUGGCCUCAUAGCAGCUCUACUUUUUGGAAUGGUGUUUUUGCUAUUAGUUAUUGCGCUAAUAGGCAGAAGAAUGUCCCAGUCUCUUCAGAGAAGACGUUAUACUAGGCUAGACUACUUGAUCAAUGGAAUGUAUGCUGACGUGUGAGGGGAGGGAAAGUAAAACAGUACAUUGAUAAGAAAUGCAGUCUUUGUUAGCAGCCGUAGCCUGAAACAGAAUUGCAGCACUCAAAUCCUUGAAGAGGGUGGGAAAGGGGUAGACAGCUGUUGAUGUGUUCCUCUUCUCCCCAAAAGAGUAUAUAUACUGAAUUGUGGAGUAACAUUCAUUUAAUUGCUAACUCCCAAAAUAAACAAACACUAAGCUUACCAGAGAACUUUAGAUUUAAAAUAAAAGAUCAAGAUCCUAA